AUGCCACGACUAAAACUCUCAACCUCCAGACUCUUGUCAGUCUUGACCCUGGGGGCCGCGGGCACCAUCGGGGCUUUCCAAUGGUGGACACAGGACUGCCAAUUCGUGCCCUACGAAGUGUCCCGCGACGUUUCUCUGUCGGGGAGCGCGUUCUACCGACGAUUCAACCCGAACCAGAACCCUGCGUUUCAAGAUCUCUGUGUUCGGCGGAUCCCCCUGAGCAGGCUGGAUCCGAAGCUUUUGAGGGACUAUGAAGAAGGAGGCACGAAGCUGAUAGAGGCGUACUGUGCCGGUAUCUGGGCUAGCCGUGCAUACACGAUCCAACGCAGAUAUCUGCAACAGCGCUACAGCUCGCCGACCACGGCUCACCAGCUCUGGCGACGCUCCGAGCUCCUCCACUCGCCCUACGACGUCGGCACGGAAAUCACCAACCACUUCGUCGUGCUGUCAAAGACCCCCGCGUCGAUUCUUCUCAGGUGUGGUGACUCUCCCCUGAACACGCCGCACGGGCCCCGCGACGUUGACGGCCUCUUCGAGAUGAGCAUCGCGACAUACAAGGACGAGGGAGUCGCCGAGUUCCGCAUGAAAAGCCUCUUUUACCAUGGCGUCGGUAAGGUGUCGGUGAGCCCGAUCAGACAGUUCUCCCUGGAAGGGUGGGCGCAUAAGCGAUAUGUUAAGUUGUUGCUGGAGGAGGCGGUCCAGGGGUGCUGUGCGCGCCAAUCUUGGAGGAGUGAUCGUUAUGCGUCGAUUGCAAGCCAGGAGGAAAGGAGCAGGGCGGAAGGGACUAGGAUUUAG